GCAUCGUCCCAGUGACCAUCACGCUCGGUCGCUUCCAUUCCAUCCGCACCCUCCUGGAAAGCGUCUCCUAUUUCUACCGGCCGCCGCCGGCUCGGAAGAGGCCGAGGAAUCUGCGCGAGGGAGCCGAGCUGCUCUGCUCUUCCUCCCGGGUCCGCGUCGCUCGAGCUGCCCUGCUAGAUCCUCCUCCCCCUCGAUAGAUAGGCCACGCCCACGCUCGCGAGGAGGAGACACACAGAGAGAGGAGGGGGGGCAUGCCCAUGGAGAGCGGGAGGAGGCAGGGGGUGGUGGUGGCGAUCGAGUGCGUGGCGGGCGGGUCGCGGGCGGAGGAGUGGGGGCCCGGGAGCAGCGAGACGGUGCAGACGGGGGACGUCGUGGAGGAGCUCCUCAUCGGGGUCGGCGGCCGGGGCGGACCCGCCGCGCACGCCGCGCCCUUCAAGGGCGGCCGCGCCGCGCUGCAGAAGCUGCUCCACGCGGCCUUCAAGCGCGGGGACACCUCCGUCGAGGUGCGCGUGCGCCGCCACGCGCAGGGCGGGCAGCAGCAGCGGCUCGUCGCCGCCGGCGGGGAUGACAGCGGGGAGCUGGCGGCGCCGGGCGCGGCCGCCACCGCCGCCAGGAUGCAGGCCUGCAUCGUGCCGCAGGAGUCCGUUGGCGGCGGCGGCGGCGGCGGCGGCGGGGGGAUGAUCGGGCGCAGCCGCCAGUACGUGCUCCGCUCCAUCCGCGACCCCAACUACGCCGUCGGCCUCGUCGACAGCAUGGAGAGCGAGUGCAUCGCCAUCAGAGGGUCGAGGAGCUCGAGGGUGGUGUGCGCGCUGAGCAAGGCGCAGCUGCAGGACGGCUACGUGUCCUACCCGUGGGAGAAGAAGAUGCGGGAGGUGCUACCGAUCCCCAACUCCAGCAGCUUCCUCUCCUUGCUCAUCCUGCCCACGGCGCUCGACCGCGCCGGUUCCCGCUACAACUCCGUCGAGGACACCCUUGCCCGCGCCAACGCCUGGAUGCUCUCGUCCCAGGCGGCCGGCGUGCCCAUCGUGUUCUUGAACGUCCAAACUGAGGCCCUUCUCACCAAGAUCUCCGGCGAGACAGCCUCCGCGACGGUCAACUCGGGCUCACUGGCCGACCUCCCGAACCUCGCCAACGCCAGCCUCUACGGCUUCGAGGACUACCACGGCGUGGACAUUGGCGUCGUGAAGGCGGUUCGCGUCUGGUACACGGCCGCGGGCGGAGAAAUGCCGGUGGAGAUCACUCUCGAGGAGAGCGACACCAGGCUUGGCUUCGCCAUCAGCCGUACCGAAGAGGGAUUCAUCUACGUCUCAUCCGUCAUGGAGGACGACGGCGACCUCCAGUUGCCGUCGACGCGGUCGGGGCUCCGCGACCUCUACCGGGAGGCGAAGCGCGCGUCCAAGCUGCUGAUCAUCUCGAGGGUGUCGGGCCACAAGGUCCUGCCAUGGAUGGUGUCCACGUCCGGCGCCAUCCGGUGCUUCGACACCGUCUCCCUCAGCCAGAAGCUGUCCCUGCACCGCCACGCCCUGCGCCCGAUCUUUCUCCACGUGUUCAUGUGGGACGGCAACUCCGACGCGAAGGCUCGGCCGGGGCGGGAGCCCUGCCCGCUGCCGCUGCCAUUGCCGUCCCCGGCGUUCGACGAGUUGCCGCGGCAGAACUCGUUUGCGCACGUCGAGCAGCGGGUGCAGACGGAAGUGGACCCCGGGAUCAUGCACGAGAGGGACACCGCCGGAGACGUGUCCUUCAGGUUCCAUAAUUUCUCGCUGCCCAACAACUGGGUCUGAUGAAAGGGGUAUGGUAUCCGAAUUGGUCGCUGUACAUAUGUAGAUUUCUGUGAGUCAUUUGUGCUGAGAACGAGCAGCUUGCAGCGUAACUUAUUGCUUGAGGUGUAAUUUUGAUCGAAGGAAAGACUUUUCUCAUUCAGAACUACUUUAGACACUACA